CGGUGAGGUGGGCGCCGGGGAGGAGGAUUGCGAGUGGGCCCCGCCGCUGCUGCCGUACCUGGCGCCCAUGCGACUGCCGCGGGGCGGGUGGCCGGAGUGGGCGCGGCGGGUGAUGGGGCCGCAGCUGCGCCUGCCGGUCACCAGCACCACGCUGGGAGCGUACGAGGCCUCCCAGCUGAGUCAGACGGAGCUGCGUGCCUUCGUGCAGCUGGCCAGCGUGCAGGAGGCGGCGCACCACCCCCGCAAGAAACGUCGCAUGCAAUACCGCAACAUCGCUCAAGCCAUGUCUAAACAGGCGUGGAGAAGCUGGAAGCAGCAGGUACGGGCGGCAGCAGCAGCAGCGGGGCCGGCAGCAGGCGGGCAGGACCCACCUGCUGCUGCUGGGGCGGCUGCUGCUACUGG